AUGGGCCAAGAAGAUGCCGUUUACCUGGCCAAGCUCGCCGAGCAGGCUGAGCGUUACGAGGAGAUGGUUGAGAACAUGAAGAUUGUCGCCGGUGAGGACCGCGAUCUGACUGUUGAGGAGCGCAACCUCCUCUCUGUCGCCUACAAGAACGUCAUUGGCGCCCGCCGUGCCUCUUGGAGGAUCGUUACUUCCAUUGAGCAGAAGGAGGAGUCCAAGGGCAACUCAUCCCAGGUUGGCCUCAUCAAGGAGUACCGCCAGAAGAUUGAGGCCGAGCUCGCCAAGAUCUGCGAAGAUAUCCUUGAGGUCCUCGACAAGCACCUGAUCCCCUCUGCCAAGUCUGGAGAGUCCAAGGUCUUCUACCACAAGAUGAAGGGCGACUACCACCGUUACCUGGCCGAAUUCGCCAUUGGCGACCGCCGCAAGGAUUCUGCUGACAAGUCGCUCGAGGCCUACAAGGCUGCCACUGAGGUCGCCCAGACCGAGCUUCCUCCUACUCACCCCAUCCGUCUUGGUCUCGCCCUCAACUUCUCCGUCUUUUACUACGAGAUUCUCAACGCCCCUGACCAGGCUUGCCACCUGGCCAAGCAGGCCUUUGACGAUGCCAUUGCUGAGCUCGACACCCUGAGCGAGGAGUCCUACAAGGACUCGACCCUGAUCAUGCAGCUGCUGCGUGACAACUUGACCCUGUGGACCUCGUCGGAGGCCGAGCCCGCCCAGACCGGAUCCGGUGAGAGCGCCGCGCCUAAGGAGGCCGCUCCCGAGGCGACCGAGGCACCGGCCGCGGCCGCGAGCACCGAGGAGGCCCCCAAGGCCGCCGAGUAA